GAUGAACAUGUUUGAUCCCGCUGUGCCACCAUACUUGUUGUGUUUGUUUUAGUCAAAGCAAAGAUGGCGAACGAACUGGACAGAGUGCGUAUCUCAGCUGCGGAACUCCGAGCUGAAGCGUCGAAUGCAGAUAACAUUAUUGACUGUCAGAAAGAGGACCAACACCUACCAAAGCAACAUAGGAGGCGUGAAGGAAAGCGUCCUGAUCUGCAGCGCUACCAGCCGGUAGCUGGACACGGACGGCGUCACCGUGACAGUGAGGAGGGAGAAACUGGUCAAAGUGAUCCCCCGGCCACUUAUUUACAUGAUCAUGAUAAACCAUCACAGAGUGAGAAAGAGAGUGUCUCUGAGAAAGUUUUAGAGUGCACAGAUGGUGGGAUAGAUACCGACAAAAGGGAAGAAGACAGAAUGAGAGGUGACGGUAGUAACACUCAGAACUGUAGAAACGGCAGCCACUCACAGACUAAAACAGAACCAAGUCAGGAAAAAGGCUUUGUUGAAAAUGACAGAGAACACCAGGAACCCGCUGGACCUGCUAAGCAGGCAAAGAAAGCCCGCAAACCUGACCGAGAAUUUUAUCAACCUGGGAGCAGGAGGAACAUCCAAGGUAAAGACUGUGGUGGUGGAAGAGAGCAGGACAAACCUCCCCCAAGGAAGCAUGAGCAGAAAACUGAGCUAGAAUCCCAGUUGAGUACAGGGGAAAUGGAGGGAAACAAAAAAACAUCUACACAGAAGCGGGGAGGGAAAGGUAAAGAAGUAAAAGGUAUACAGGAAAAUGUCAAAUUGUCUAAAUCGAGUGAGACAAACAGAAAACAAGGAAGCCGAGAUCUACAAAAACCUCCAUUACCAUCACAUGCUUCGGUGGAGAAAAUUACUAGCAAAGUAGAAAAACUCAGUGUAAAAGAAAGAGGUAAAGUGGGAUGUGAAGGCCAAGAUAUUGAAGAGUUACAUUGCAGCAGAGGGGAAAUGGCUGAUAAGGGAAGACAAGGUCAAGGAGGAGGAACAAAAGAGGAGGACGAAAAGAUAGAGAAGAAAAGGGAAAAGGGAAACCGCAGGAAAAGGGGAGGGGAGAAGGAAAAGGAGAGACAUCAGGAUUUCAGAAGAGGAGAAGGUGAAGUAGGUGGUGGAGGAAAGAGUGACCAGGGGAAAGUUGAGAAAGAGAGAGAGAGGAGAGAAGCAGAUAAGGAUAACAAACCAGGUAAGACAGGAGAGACACAUCAAAACAAAGGAAGAGAGAAUUGCAAAGACAGCAGAAAAGGAGACAACAACAACAACAACCGGUCUAGAGAAGCUGAGAGAGGUGCUAGGACAGAAAAAAAUGUAGACAGGACUGUAGAAAGAGUUGAUAGACACAAAUCCAAUGCAAACAUCACAACACCAUCCUCAAAACGAUAUUCCAAAUCAGAUAUUCGACGCUCACGGAAUAGAACUUACAGCAGUAGCUCAGCCAGCAGUGUUACCAGUCUGGAUGGUCCAGUACUAGGGAUGCAUGUGGAAAGUACCAAGUGGCCACGCUUGCAGCCUAAGCACAAUAACAAAGAGGAGCUGGCUAAUAGUGGGGAAGGAAGAAGGAGUCAUUUACAGAGCUGGACAACUAACGGGGAAUCAUCCUCAGAAUCACUGGAAGGGAGUGAGAUGAGUGACAUAGCAGAAGAUAGAGGGAGGAGAAGAAGAGGAGGGGAGGAAGAGCUAAAUUCAGCGAGGCGGAGGGAAGACACCAACAGACCAAAGGCAAGCAAAGGUGGAGGUCGAGGAAUCCUAAGGGUUUCUCUUGAGAAACAUUCCGGUACCUCGUCACAUACUGGGGAUGCACAACAUUGCAAGCAAGGCUCGGUUCCUCGUGGCAGAGGUGGGGGUAUCCUGGUGCUUCCAGCCCGCACAGACAUCUCAAAUUCACCUGAGGGUGGGCAAAGACUCCUUUUUGGUGGAAUUAGGGGAGGAGCAGCUUGCAGUAGUAGGGGAGGCAGAGGAGGAGGCGUGAGACGACUCUGGGAUCCCAAUAACCCAGACCAGAAACCUGCUCUUAGCAGCACCCCAUCCUCACAGCAUAAAUCUCUCCAACAGCCUAUAUAUCUUCAGACUGGAUAUGGACAACUUCAUUUUCUGGACACAGACGAUGAGGUAGCAGGCAGUCCUCCGGUCCCGCAGGGUGAGCACUUUCGAUCCCAGCAGGCUGCUGCCAUGGCCUACUACAAAUUCCAAAACUCUGACAACCCUUACUGCUAUCCCAUGCCCAGCAGUAACCCACAUAAUCCCGGCACCAACAGCAGCCAGCGUUAUCCAUAUCCUUAUCAUAUGGGGCCCUACCAAUUGGCUCCCCCUAACGGCAUGUACCCGGGCCCUGGUGUGGCUCAGUUCUGUGGAAGUUACAGGGGAGCAGGGUAUUCUCAGCCAGGUGGAGGAGGUGGUUUGACAUUGGAAGAGAUGGAGCAACAAGCCAGGGGGGAGCUGGGGAGGCUGUUGAGGGCUGCAGAUGCACAGGAGCUCCAGCUCAGUAACUUGCUGUCCAGGGAAAGAGUGAGUGCUGAUGGACUGGAUCGCAUGGCCCAGCUCAGAGCGGACCUUUUGGGGCUUUAUGAGCAGGUCAUCCUCACAGACAUCGAGUUCUCAGACUCUCAGAACGUGGAUCAGGCUUUAUGGAAGAAUGUCUUCUACCAGGUCAUAGAGCGCUUCCGGCAGCUGCUCAAAGACCCCACCUAUGACAACACCCCUCAUAUCAGGAAUAUGUUGCUCACGCUGCUUGAUGAGGGAGCACUAUUCUUUGAUGCGCUGCUUCAGAAGUUGCAGUCAGUGUACCAGUUUAAGUUAGAGGAUUACAUGGAUGGCAUGGCUAUCAGGGCUCGGCCAUUACGCAAAACGGUAAAGUAUGCACUUAUUAGUGCUCAGCGCUGUAUGAUUUGUCAGGGAGAUAUAGCACGUUACCGGGAACAAGCCAGUGACUCGGCCAACUACGGCAAGGCUCGCAGCUGGUACCUUAAAGCCCAGCAGAUUGCCCCCAAAAAUGGACGACCAUAUAACCAGCUGGCCCUGCUGGCAGUCUAUACAAAGCGGAAGUUGGAUGCUGUGUAUUAUUACAUGCGCAGCUUGGCAGCUUCCAACCCCAUCCUGACUGCAAAGGAAAGCCUGAUGAGUCUGUUUGAAGAAGCUAAGCGUAAGGUAGAGCAGCUUGAGCGAAGGAGAAGGCAGGAGCAUGAAGGAGGUUCCAGGGGUCCAGCAGUAAGAGGAAGGGGAAGAGGGGAAGAGGGAGCACGUAUGGAGAUUUGGAUUCGCCCCAGCGGACAAGCAGCAGCCCCGUCCUCCCAGAGAGGAGGGAGUGAGUCCAGCAGAGACUCUGAACAGGAUGGAGAGCUGGGUAGUCUUAGCGCUAGUGACCUAAAUAAGAGGUUCAUUCUGAGUUUCUUGCAUGCACAUGGAAAGCUCUUCACUAAAGUGGGCAUGGAGUCAUUCCCUGGAGUGGCGAGCCGUGUUCUGCAGGAGUUCAGGACGCUGCUCCAGCAUGGCCAUUCCCUACUGGGAAGCACACCCCUGCUUCAGAUCAUCACCAUCAACAUGUUUACCAUACACAAUGCCCACAGCAGAGGUGAAGAAGGGGAAGUGCGGUCCGUUUUACAAGAGCAAAGCACUGCCCUGGGUCUCGGCAUGUUUGCACUACUGGUGCAGCGUUGCACAGAGCUGCUCAGGGAUACCCCUGCAGAACCAGUCCCCUUGGCAGAUGGAGAGGAGGAGGGUAAAGGGGAGGAGCUGGACGGGAUGGUGAGGGUCUCUGCCUUCCCACUGGACCUUAGAGAACUACUGCCAAGCAUCAAGGUCUGGUCUGACUGGAUGUUGGGACACCCAGACCAGUGGAACCCCCCACCAUGGAAUAUAGAUUGCAGCCCUGAUGUUUGGCAGUGCCUGGCUGACCUAUGUAAUGUGUUGGCACGUGUGGACCAUGGGGAAGUCCCGCUUUACAAAAUCGACACUGAUGAAGGUGAGGGAGAUGAGGAGUUGACUGUGCUGCAGUUGAAGGAAGACAGGCUGCUUGCUGGUUUUGUACCACUGCUGGCUGCACCACAGGAGCCGUGUUACACAGACAGGCUUACUGACAUGGCAAUAGCAGCAGAUUGUAAGAGAGUGACGGUGUUGAAGUACUUUCUGGAGGCUUUGUGUGGACAAGAAGAGCCUCUGUUGGCUUUCAAGGGAGGCAAAUACAUCUCUGUGGCAACUUCUCCUGCAGCUAACCACUCAGUGGAUACAAGGGGCAGGCAGGAUUCUCUAACAGAAAAAGAGGCUGAUGAUGUCAUAGUCGAGGCAGAGUCUUCUCUCUCUGCAUCCGAAGGAGAGGAGGAUGAUGAGGAGGCGGGAGACAGUGAGAAUGACAUCAGACAGCUGAAAGCACGACGCCACGCCCUCGCCAACAAACUGGCACUGCAACAGAAGCGUAGGGAUAAAAUACAGGCAGUGCUGCAGACAGGUGGACAGUUGGAGCUGGAGGUGAGGCCUCUGUUUUUGGUUCCAGACACCAAUGGAUUCAUUGAUCAUUUGGAAGGACUGAAGAAACUCCUUCAGUGUGGAACAUACAUAAUAGUUGUGCCACUCAUCGUGAUUACAGAGUUAGAUGGCUUGGCUAAAGGCCAGGACAACUUUGUUGGUGGAGUGGGGUCAGGAGGGCGCAACACUGGAAGUCGUGGCAACUAUAAUGUUAGUGCGGCCCAUGUGCGGUCUGUGCAGGAGAAGGCCCGGUUGGCAGUGGCUAUCUUAGAGAAAGGAUUUGAAGCCAGGGAACCGUGCCUCAGAGCCCUGACAAGCAGAGGAAAUCAGCUUGAGUCUAUUGCCUUUCGCAGUGAAGACACCUCUGGACAACAGGGUAACAAUGAUGAUGUGAUUCUAUCAUGCUGUCUCCACUACUGCAAAGACAAGGCAAAAGAUUUCCUGCCUGAUCAGAGAAAUGGGACAGUGAGGCUCCAAAGAGAGGUGGUACUCCUUACAGAUGACCGUAACCUGCGCGUCAAAGCUUUGACCCGCAACGUCCCAGUCCGAGACAUCCCUGCUUUCCUUAGCUGGGCCAAAGUGGGCUGAACCAAGCUAAGCUGGAAUCAAAGGAACCCAACAGCUGAAGCCAGCUUGCCACCCAGCCAAGAGAGAAGACACACUUAAGCAGAGGAAGAAGAAGAAGAAGAGGAGGAGAUAAUGAAGGGGAGAAGAAAUGAAUAAGAAAGCAAAGAACCACUACCUAUGAAAUACAAGCAAAUGUAGUGAGACCAGGGUGGUUUCAGUGAGCUUUUCCCUCUUGUGAUGAAGUGUGUGUGUGUAUGUAUGUGUUAAGAUCAGUGAGCUUCCACAGAAAGAGACAGGGAGACUUGAUAAGUCUCAGGAAGGCUGGACUCUGCACCUAGUUAGUGCAUUUGUACUCUGCAAGCAGUAUUAAAAUUUGAGGCUGAUGAUAGAAUGAGCAAGAGAGAGGGAGAGUGUUUAUGGUCAUUUAAUGGAUUAAAGACAUCAGUACUGAAGGCCAUUACUGGCAUCUCCAUCCUUCUCUGAGGGCACAGCCUCAUAGACUACUGUGGCUUCUACAGCACAGCUGAGAGAAAGUAAGGCAGAGAAAAAACACAGCUGGAAGGGUCUGUGUCAGUACAGUAAAGAGUGGCUGAUUGUAGUGAGGUUCAGUCAAGAGCCCUCAUGAAACCUCAGCACCACCAAGGAAUCGCAAGCAGGUCUGGUAUUUCCUGCUAAACCAGGAAGUGCCUUAUGCCUGUUUGGUAACUUGGGUUGUUCUCCAGCUCGAAGCUAAAGUUAAGUUUGGGUAUUGUGAGAAAAUGUUUUUAAAAAGUCAACAACAAAAGAUACUGGUUUAUUUUUAUCUUUCUCUUUUUCAACUUGUUUUUCGAGCCCAUGUAAAAAGUUUUGUUUCCUUCAUGGAGGCCAUUUCUCUAUUUUAAACAGACAGAUAAUAAGCAUCUGCAAAGUUUUCCAGUGUGAGCCGUAAUUUAUUGAAUCCAGACCUGGGUGCAAAUGUAUUUGUAAAUAACUAAUCUGUGCUUUUUGAGCAGUAUAAAAUGCGUGCUAUUUAAUAUAUGAAGACUAGUUAGUUGGUUUGUGAUGAGUUUUCAGUUCUAUAAAAUGAUGCUACAUUGACUAACUUUUAGGAAUUUUGGCCAAAAUUUGAGCAAAAUUCCAUGCUUAAAACAGUUGAAACAAAAAUUUCCAAAUGCUGUUUGACCCAGGUCUCCUAUAGACAGCCACAAUGUGAGGGUUUGGUUCUUGACUGUGACUUUGCAGAUACAUUAUUACUGAGAAUCACUGGUGUCUAUCAGUCUAUUUGUGCUUUUCAGUUCGUAUCACCACAGCAGUUUACCUUUUCAUAAUUUUUUUUCCAAGGUCAGGUAUUCACUUUUCUUUAGCUGAAAUAAAAUACAUGUGGUACAAGACCACAAAUUACAGCCUGUAAAAUUUCCAUUGAGAUCAAACAAUACCUCACUAACACAUCGUCAACAAACAUUGAACACAAAGGUAGUUAUCUGUGUUUGCGACUUUGCUUGCUCUUCAUUGCUUCGAGAGACAGUUUAGGAGAUUCUGAGUUAGGUCUGUAUAUUUCUGUGUACUUUUGAGACAAUGUCUGGAUUCCAAAAUAGAUUUAAUCACCUCUGUCCUCUGUUAUGUUACAUCAUACACAAUUCAUCAUUCCCUCGCCAUAGUUUAAUCAUAUGAAGUGGCUUUCCAACUUUCUAUUUGUCCUGUGUGUUUUCAGCUAGACUUGUACUACUUCUGUCAACAGUUGGUGUUUCGGUAUUUGUGUAAACUGUCAGACAGGUUUAUUAAUUUCUUUUUCAGCACCUCUGUUUUUUUACGGAUUCUGUAGCUUCUGUUAAGUGGCACUGCUUCAGUGGUUUACUGUUGGAGCAAAUGUAGUACAUAAUCGACAUAACACAAAUGACAUUUUCAUAGUCCAUCAUUAAAAAUGUUUUCAACGCA